CCAGGAUUUAUGCGGGGGAUUAUGUGUCAUGCGGUAGGAUAACACGCCGUCUUAUUUAUAUAAGGCUCACUCACCUCAUCCGUUAACAGCGAAUUGGUCCUGUAAUCAUCCCUUCGGUCUUUGAGACUAACAAGAUGAAGAUCCAAGUGCAGCCUCUGCCUCUUUUACUUUUACUCACCGGCAACGUACUCGCUGCAAAGAACUACCACUGUCCUCCAAUCGGUCCAGUCCUCCCUGCGCCAACAACCCCAAGCUCGCAUCAAAAUGUGAAAAAUGCCAUUGAAGCUAUUACAGAGACUAUCAAGGCCUAUUCGAGUCUUUUGCAUAGCUCAGCUGUAUCAGUUGGUGUCACGUCAAUUUACGAAGACAACCCCUUGCUAGAUCUUCAUCACACACCAGAGAACUUGGAUCCUCGAGGCGUAAGCAAGAUCGAUGCCGACUCAGUUUAUCGCAUUGGUAGUAUCUCGAAGGCGUAUACUACCCUUGCAGCGCUCAAACUCAAGGGAGUGGGCAUGCAUGACCCGGUGACGAAAUAUGUCCCUGAAUUGAGGAAGUUGAAUAAGCAGCAGAGUGAGAAUAAUGCAAUUACAACUAUUGAUUGGGACAAGGUAUCACUGCAGGCCCUUGCGUCGCAUAUGGGUGGCAUGCCCGCCGAUUUUACGGAUUUGACGAGCUUUAGGAAUUGGACCGACCUUGGUCUUCCUGCUGCGCAUGAUGUUUUAGGAUGUGCUGGUCUGGUUGGAAUUCCUCCCUGUGACGUUCAAGACUUUUGGGACAACUUUGGCAAACGGCCUCCGACUUCUGCGCCUUGGGGUAAUCCGGUGUACUCAAACAUCGCGUUCUUCGUAAUGAGCUUGGUCAUAGAGAGAGUCUCGGGAGAUUCGUUCGAAGACUUUGUGCAGAAGAAUGUGCUUGAUGUUGCGGGGAUGAAUAGUACGACUUAUGCGAAGCCUGAUGACUCCGUGGGAGCAAUUGGGCCAGAUGAUAUAUUCUGGAAUACUUCGAUUGGUAUUCUUAGUCCGGCUGGUUCGUUCUACUCAUCGACAAAGGACCUCCUCGCUUUUGGGUCUUCUAUCCUCAAGCAUGAGUUCCUAGAUCUUACGGAGACAAACAAGUGGCUCAAGCCUGUGACUUUUACGAGUGGAAGAGGACAGUUCAUUGGAGCCCCAUGGGAGAUUGUGCGAUCUAACAAGCUCACAUCCGACGAAAGGGUGCUCAAUGUCUACACCAAAGGAGGUGAUCUGGGCACUUAUCAUUCUAUCUUUGCAAUGAUUCCAGACUAUGGCAUUGUGAUUAGUGUACUAGUGGGAGGCCCCGAGAUUGCAGGAGGGCUUCCUCUGGUUUUCUUCUCAUUAAUCACAAAGGCACUUGUGCCAGCUCUCGAAGCAGCAGGUAAAGACCAAGCAAAGAAGACAUUUGCAGGGACAUACAUAAAUGAGGGCACAAACUCGACUCUUGUUCUCGACGUCGACGACGAUGGCCCAGGUCUGAGCAUCACAAAGUGGAUAGUCCGCGGAACAGACGUCUCAACACAUUGGCUUCAUUAUCUCUCCAUGCUCAACCCCAGCGUACCGAAGAUCUCACUUUCUGGGCGAUUGUAUCCCACAGAUCUCACAGCGGGGAAUAAGACAGAGUGGAGAGCGGUGUUUAGAAUUGGCACGGCAAAUCAGAUUGGGAUGCAGGAGGGUUUGUUGUUUUGGGAGGAUGCGAGUUGUAUGAGUUGGGCAAUGAUAGACAGAGCAGCGUAUGAGUUUUUGGGACUGGAUGAGAUGGUGUUCAAUACUGAGGAUGGAAGGGCAGGGGGUGUUGAGUUGAUGGGAUUCAAGACUGCAUUGAAGAAGGUCAAGUAGAGUUAUACUGAACAUGUGUAUUCUGUCUAUAUAAGUUGUACUAAAGUCCGCCAAAUAGCUUCUGUUCUCGUCGACCGUUGCGUUGAGCAUAAUGUCUUUGGUAAUAUAUCAUAGUCUGGUUGUACAAUCAAGAAUGUGGAAUGUGGAAUGUGGAAUGUGGUAUUGUGUCAAAGACGAGGUGCUGAGACGUUGAUGAGAGGCAUCGUGCAUGGAAAGGCCACUGCGUAUUGGGUGUCGAAUGUGAGGAGUCGAGGCUGCAAGGUUGGAGAUUGAAGAGGGAGGGCUUCUUCUGUAAAAUAUUGUCAGUAAAUUACCAGAAAAUAGAGAGGAGAGGAAAAUGAAC